AAUUGGCAUCACUCCAUACAAUGUAGUUUUGCUCCUCAACUAGUUCUCCAGCUAUUGAGUUUGGUAGGUCAGGAGUAAUAAACCGUUUAGGACGGUGCAUAAAAGUUUAUGUUUCGUUAUUUUUCCACAUAGAAAAAAUAACGUGUUUUGUUUGAAUAAUUAGUUGAGAAAACAUCACUAUCAUCACAUAAGAAAGUAGCUGACUAGCUAGCGAGUGUGCUAGCGUUUAUUAUAAAACUAUUAACAGAAAAACGUUAUAUUUGACGUCAAAGUCAGGCGAAAGGGAUUGCCAGAGGAACAGCUUGUGGUAAACGCUGGAGUUUGGGCAAUUUGUGAACUUUUGUGAGACUGGGAAUGUCUUGUCGGAGUGGAGUGGCCCGGGUGGGUAACCAAGGACUGCAGCCCCUCCGAGCCACGGUCCCAUUUCAGCUCCAGAACCGAACAGCACCACGAUGCAAAGACACCAAAUCAGUGGAGUGCAAGACGAAGGGCCGUCCCCCAAAGCCAACCUUGCGACGGACAUUGUCUCUCGAAACUUUGGUGGGGCCGUACCUGCAGGGCCACUGGCCUAAGGAACCAGAGGGUCAGCCUGUUACCUGUGUCAAUGACAAGGCCACACAGACUCCCAGUUCCUGGAUAGAAGAAACACGGGGGCGGAGAGGGGGCGGCGGUCACAAGCGCUCUGCAUCAUGGGGUAGCUCUGAGCACCUCAGAGAGGUUGCUAAGUUACGGCACUCCUUGCAGAAACGCUCCAGACACGCACCUCCCGCCACGGACUGCAACCACACACAGCAACAUGCACACAACAGCCAAACACACACACCUGGAAGUACACAGACAAUGCCUUUGAUUCCUCUGAGCCGAUUGGCCCCCAGACUGAGACGCAGUGUGGAAGGACUGAACCUGGAGCUGGAGGGAGUCUUUGUGUCUGAAACAGCAAAGGAACAACACAAGAUUCUUGAUGUCCCAGAUGGUCACAGAGCCCCUGUCCCCGCUCAAAGGUACAGCAGCACUUCACAGAGUGACCCUUCUCCUGGCCAGCUGUCUCCCUCACACUCACCCUGCACCAUCACUGACUCUGAUAUAGUUGUGUGUGGGCCGCUCUGUCCGCUUCCCUCUCCUCCUCUGUGUAUGUCUGAGCCGCCAUCUUCCUCUCCUCGACCCAACAAGACAUAUUUAUUCCAGAGAGAACCUCCAGAGGGCUGCGAGAGAGUACGUGUGUCUGAGGAGGCCAUACUUCCCUGUCAUGGAAAUGCCCCUCUGCAGCCCUCCUGUCCUGACCCUAACAAGGUGAAUUUUACACCUCAUGGUGGCUCUGCCUUCUGCCCUGUCAGUCUCCUCAAGCCCCUCCUCCCUUCUAUGGAUCUGUUAUUUCGUGGCCUGUCUGUUUCACCUGUCACUGGUUGUUCGGCUCAAGUUCCUGGCCCCUGCCAGUCUCCAGGACAUGCUGUGGGUGGAUACUUGAGCGGGAUCGUCCCGGACUCUUCCACCACCUCUCUGUGAAAAGGAGGCAUUCAUAAUGAGAAAAGAUAAUGAAAAGACUAAUUUUUUUGCCUUUGUCACACUUCAUCAGAGACUUGACAUUAAAGUGUCACAAAGAAAAACAAAAACACCAGUAACUGCUUAUGCUAUCUACUCUUGGCACAGAGAGAAAAACGUCAUGAUAGAAGAACAACAUGGGGAACCUUUCACCCACAGAAGCUACAUUAAAAAAAAAACAAAAUCUAUGGUUGUCACCAGUUUGAUUUGCAGAUGACAAAUUGAUCUCAGGACACUCCGGACUUGGCAUUUGUGAUCAUUUCCUUCUUACUUUAUAGCAUUCAUUUAUUGCUAUAGUUCACUAUAUUUCUAUAAUCCAAUUCAUCAUCUGUCAUAGGAUGUAUAAUAUUUUAGGUCUGCCAGAAGAUGGUAAAUAAUAGAAGAGAAAAUGGACUUUCUGGACCUACCAUAUUUUUGUACUGCAUGCUGGACUUGAACCAACACAAAUGAGGCACUAAUGGUCCAUAGAGUCUCCGAAGGUCCAUGUGGGCUAUCGACAUCUGUUUAUGCCUUGAAGCGGCAUCUCAUCUGGAGAACCAAUCCUUCAAGUUCUUUUGAAAGCUGGGUUUGUUUUGAAUACUCACUAGCAUGUCUAUUUAGUAGCUAAAAAUUUAUGGUUUUUUUUUUUUGUUUUUUUUUAAAGGAAUUAAGCCAAGCUCUGAACAAGAGGUCUUGAUUCAACAAAGAGUUACCAUUAACAGUCUCACUCCAGUAUGGGGCUUAAAUGUGUCUGGGAUAUUAACCAGACAGUACAGAGAGUAACCAGAGAAAUUGUAGUGUUUACAGCUGCAGUUUUAAGGAAAUGGCAUAGCCACACAAAGCCCAUUCUUCUGUGUUCAUGGACUGUGGGCUUCUCACACUUAAAUUCAGUAUAUACGACAAGACCCUAUUAAGGGCUUAUUUCCCUACAUACUUGAUGAGAGUGCAGUAUGUUUUACCGAAUUUUACUACAGCAUUGACAAGCCUUCCUAUUCUCUUGAAAACUUAAUUUACUUUGUUAAUGCUUACACACGUUGGUCCUAUUGUGAAAUCAGUUUGGGUUUACACAUACUUUUUACGCAUGACACAAGCUAAUUUGCUGCACUGAGAUACAAUGCACUUGUCAUAAGGAACGAGACUUACAGCAAAUCAUUUGCAGAAAUCGCCUGAUAUUUAAAGCACUGAUAUAAUCCCAUAUAUUUCUGUGGAUGUAUGAGGCAGACUACAGUAUUAUAUUGUUUCGCGGUCCUGGCAUCAUUCACUUGAGUGUUCUAUUUUAAGUUCCCAGUUAGAGUUUAUUAUUACCUUGUUCUUUAAGGGGCCCUGAUUUAAUGACAUUGUUCUCAGAUAUUUUUGUUUGUUUGUUUUUGCCUCCUGUUACUCUUAUCCUGUUACAGUUGUUGUACACCAAGCCUUUUGUUUCUUUAUUAUUUCUGUCGUAAAUUUAAAUUUAAAAUGUAUGUUACUCAAUGUUGGCUGCCAUAAAUGAGAAAAAAGCUCAGAGAAAUAA